CAUAAACCGAGAGUCGCUAUCUGACAGUAGUGAGGUACAAUAUGCGGAAACAAUGGUCACGUGAAGAAAUUAUGGAACUAAUACAACUUUACGAAGCAAACGAAUGCUUGUGGAACAUAAAAUGUUCCGGUUAUCGAGACAGGACGAAGAAACAUAAGGUUGGGGAAGAAAUAGGGCUGAAGUUUUCUUGUUCCCAAGAAGAAGUUGAGAGGAAACUUCACAAUUUAAGAAAUCAGGCGGAGACAAGUUCACAGCCUGUAAUAUUAUGGGAAGUCGAAAGCACUGGCGCUUCGGAACAGACUACCGAGGUCGUAACAGAGAGGCAGGACAUUGUUGAAGAGCCGACCCGGGAGAAAAGUUCAAGAAAAAGGAAACAUGAAGAAAGCGACGACCUGUUGGCAAGAGCUGCACUCAAAGUGUUAGCGAAAGGGGUACCUGACGAAUAUGAGAUUUUUGGAGAGUAUGUAGCCUCUGGAUUACGCACACUGCGCUCUGAUAAUGUCAGAAGAAAGCUGAAAAAUGAAAUUAGGAAAGCUAUAAUCCGUGCAUCUGACGCUGAUGAAGUGUCAUACACGAGCGCUAGCACUUCCUGAGUCCGAAUGUGUGUCCAUCACCAACGCAGAACACCAAACUAUGGAUCCUCAUCUGCAUUAAAUUCUAAGACACAAAAUGAAGUGUGUGACCAUAGUAUCUUAGGCCACAGGAUGUUUUAAAAUAGAACAGUUCCCGCAACUAUCAGGUAUUAAGGUCUUAUUGUAGUAAUCUUCAAAUUCGCUGUUGGUAAAUAA